ACAAAACCCCAAAUUACCGAACCAAAAACCUACCAGCGAGUUUAUCUCCCACCACAAUGGACGCUAGAAGUUAACUUUUCUGUCUUUCUUGGCAAAACCAAAGGAGAAACAUUAUGAUGUGGGACGAUUGGGAGGAUUGCCAGCAGCAGCAAGACCAAAACCAAAACCAAGACCAAGACCAAGACCAAGACUCUUUCCUUAAUUUUGAUUUCCUUUCCCUUGUCUCCAAGCCCAAGGAUUACUAUAAAAUACUGGAAGUGGAUUAUGAUGCCUGCGACGACGCAAUUCGCUCCAAUUACAUACGCCUUGCUCUGAAAUGGCAUCCCGAUAAGCAGAAAAACCAGGAGAGUGCAACCUCGAGAUUUCAAGAGAUAAACGAGGCUUACCAGGUUUUGAGUGAUCCUGCCAGGAGGAGAGAGUACGACAAGAAAGGGCUGCUGUACAUCCAUGAUUAUAACAUAAUUGAUUAUCUUAAUCGUUACAAGGGCCUCAUAUUAACAUGUAAUGGUCUUGGGAUCAGGCAUUCAAUCUGGUAAUUGAAAACUGCUAUGCAUUUGUAACGCAGUGGCUGUUAUUCAUACAUGGCAGCACUAUUAAAUUUGCCAAGUCUCCAUUUGCUAGUAGCAGCAUAUUGAGAAUGGAAUGCGGAGUUUGAUGCGUUAUGUAAAUAUAGUAGACAUUGAUAGUUUAAUAUUAGUGUUACAUCUUAUAUUUGCCAGCUUAUCCCUUUUAAGGGAUGUGAUCUUGCUGCUAUUUUGGUGAUAUUUAAUAGCCUCUUAUUA